CGAUUGCUGCUAGAGCGCCGGGUAAGCAGUAACGGCGAACUGCUAUAGUUCCGUCUCUUUCGCUCUCCUCGGCUGGACAUUACUCGUUUUAGUUAAACUCGACUGGACGUUACUUCCUCUUUCUUCCCAUUUUCUGUGCGGCACGCCACCUAACAAGCUCCUGGGCGCCAUUUUUUGUGUAGCUUCUGUGUGCGGUGUCUAGUGACGCUAAACUUUCCCUAAGUGAUUUACGCAUUUUUUUUGUGCAGUGAUUAAUCAAACGUUUGUGUAAUGGAUUCCAUACCGAAUCAAUCGAACCGUACGAGUAAUGACGAGACGCCAUUACUGCAGUCUUCUGGUAAUGCUGUGGAUGAAGUGCGCCAGCUGCCGGCACAAGAAAAGCCACAUCUGAUGGCAGUGAACAAUGUGCAACAGCAAGUGCCCGGACAUCCGAUGCCAUUGUCCCAUAUCGGGUCAGAUUUGCCGCAAAGGCAGCAGCAACAGGUGAAGAUAGCUGACCUUUCGGAGCUCGCUGAUUCUACCCCGAAUACAGGGCUUCCGGGAGGAAAGCAACCGAAUCCGUUCGGUGCGAUCGGUACUCCCUGUCCGCCGCAGCAGCGCCAUCUACCGAGACCGUGGCAGUUUGUCAAGAUGGACGUAGUUCUUCAAUUGCCCAACGGGACCCAUACACAAGUUACUGUUUUGCCGCUGCAACAAGUGUGUAACGAGUAUAUAAUGUACGCGAAUUGCCAUAUCAACCUUUCCAACCAAAUGCCGCCGCCACAACAGCAGCACUACCAUCAACAGCAACAUAAGCAGGAAAUGCCGCAACCACAACAGCUGCACUACCAUAAACAUAUGCAUCAACUGGCGCAGCUGCAUCAACACUAUCAACAGCAACAUCAGCUGCAAAUGCCGCAGCCGCAACAGCAACAUCAGCAGCAAAUGCCGCAGCCGCAACAGCAAUAUCAGCAGCAAAUGCCGCAGCCGCAACAGCAACACUGCCAUCAACAGCAACAUCAGCUGCAAAUGCCGCAGGAGCAACAGCAACAUCAGCAGCAAAUGCCGCAGGAGCAGCAGCAACAUCAGCAGCAAAUGCCGCAACCGCAGCCGCAACAGCAACACUGCCAUCAACAGCAAAAUCAGCUGCAAAUGCCGCAGGAGCAACAGCAACAUCAGCAGCAAAUGCCGCAACAGCAACAUCAGCUGCAAAUGCCGCAGCCGCAACAGCAACACUGCCAUCAACAGCAACAUCAGCUGCAAAUGCCGCAGGAGCAGCAGCAACAUCAGCAGCAAAUGCCGCAACCGCAACAGCAACAUCAGCAGCAAAUGCCGCAGCAGCAACAGCAGUGCUACAAUCAACAGCAACAUCAGCAGCAACAGCAGCACUACAUUCAACUGCAAUAUCACCAGCAAAUGCCACAGCCACAACAGCAACAUCAGCAGCAAAAGCCGCAACCGCAGCCGCAACAGCAAAUGCAGCAAAUGCCGCAGCCACAACAGCAACAUCAGCAGCAAAUGCCGCAGCAGCACUCCAUUCAACAGCAUUACCAGCAGCCACUGCCGCAGCAGCACCAUCAUCAACAGCAACACCAGCAGCCACUGCCGCAACAGCACACCAUUCAACAGCAUCACCAGCAGCCACUGCCGCAGCACCACCACCAUCAAGAGCAACGCCAGCAGCUACUGCCGCAACAGCAGCCACUGCCGCAACAACAGCCACUGCCGCAACAGCAGCCACUGCCGCAACAGCAGCCACUGCCGCAACAGCAGCACUACCAUCAACAACAACACCAGCAGCAAAUAGACCAAAGGAAGCCAAAACUACAACUAAAUGAUUCGGGGCAGUGGUGCACAUCGAGUGCUUGUCGUGGAUGGCCGCCCGUGCGUGUAAUCCUUAACAACAAUGGUCAAUCAAUGUCAAUGGCGUUUAAUUGUUGAUUACCAUGAAAUCCUACUGAUGAUGGUGAAGUUCGCUGCUGCACUUAAACUAAUUUUCUUUAUUUUGAGCUAGUUUGUUUUGUACUUUUACCGUCUUAUUUUUAUCUCUGAUGCUUAAACCUAACUAUUUAUGUUACGUUUAUGUUACAUUUGCUUGAACUUUCUGCACCAUUAAUUACUAACAUUAUCGUUCAACAUGCGCAACCUACAAAUUCAC